AUGGGUGAGGCCACUGCACUAUUCUUCCCUUGUUCUUCUCCUUUUCUUCUUCUCCUCCCAUUUUUUCCCUUCCUCAGCUGGAGCACAUGUCUGUACCGUGAACUACUUCGAGUCGUCUUCGUCGUCCGGAGCUACUGCCGAGAGGGAACCAUCAGCACGACUGCGUUGUGGGACGCAGGAAGGAAAGGGUAUCCAUGUGCGGCGGUGGCGAUUCCGGGUAACUUGAAAGAUCCACAGCGCCAAUGGUUCGAGCCGAGACGACUCGAGAAGUUCCCGGGUUCCUGGGAACCUCACAGGGGCGCCCUGAAGGCAUUGAUAACAGUAGCGGAGACGUUCGUUCUCGCCAGGCCGUGGCAAUUUCGAAGCGGCCAGCAGUUCGUCCGAGCCACCCGGCUGGCAGACCCUCCCAGGCUCCAGAUAACUGGAUCACCCGGCUGCUUGGUACUGUGGUACACUAGACCCUUUACCCAGUUGAUCAACGAGCAGAUCAUCCAAGAGACAACGCUUGGAUGUUUUUGCCAUCAGAGGCACCUGUGGGCCAUCACCCUGUACCGCGCCGGAGAGGGGAAUCCCCAGGACCAGAGUGUUUCGGGCUCUGCAGCCCAGACCCGUCCCAUCUUCUCAAGAAGUCUGGUGCCGCGGGUAACUACUGUGUAUGGCCAGCCUCCCUUCAGCAUGCCAAAGUCCGUAGGAGACGACCUCGCCGAUAACACGUAUUACAUCCCCGUGGUCCUCUCAGCGACAUAG